AUGGUUCCUCUCAGGGACCAUAGAUUCCAGCGAGAUCUAGUUUAUGUUGGAUCCACGAAGCGCUCUUUAAACAAAAGGUUACAAGAACAUGGGUAUGAUAUCGCCAACCAGAGACGUAUCGCCAUCCUAACGGCCUAUGCUACUGAUCCUGAAAUACAAGCCGACCUCCGUAAGGCCAAGAUCUUCUAUUCUGGACAUGAUAACUUAAGAAAAAAUGGAGUGGCUCUAAUUGUAAAAAAGAAUUUAGUAAAUUUUAUUUUGGGCUAUAAACCAGUUAGUGACAGAAUCAUAGUCUUGAGGAUGCAGGGAAAACCAGUCAAUCUGUCAAUCAUUCAAGUUUAUGCUCCUACUACAGAAGCGACAGAAGAAGAAAUUGAAGGGUUUUAUGAAAAGCUUCAAGAAACAGUUAAUAAUUUACCAAAAAAAGAUGCACUCUUUAUUCUUGGUGACUGGAAUGCAAAAGUAGGAAAAGAAGAGACUCCAGGACAUGUUGGAAGAUAUGGUCUUGGGAAAAGAAAUGAUGCUGGGAUACGACUAGUGGAAUUCUGCAUUUCAAAUAACCUCUUUAUUGCAAAUACAUAUUUCCAAUUACAUAAACGAAGACUAUAUACAUGGACAUCACCAGAUGGAAAUUAUAAAAAUCAGAUUGAUUAUAUAAUAGGUAGCAAGAGAUGGAGGAAUGCAAUCAAAUCAGCAUGUACCAGACCGGGUGCUGACUGUGGGACUGAUCAUGAACUCCUUAUAUCAAAAAUAUCAUUCCAUUUGAAAGCUAAGAAAAAAGGAAGGGAAAUAAUGGGAUGUUAUGCUACAGAUAUCACCCCAUCUUACAUCUCAGAAAUAAAAGAAGGUCUCAAAACAAUUAAUACAUCAGGAAAGGAACCUGAUGAAUGCCUUAGUACUGUAAAAGCUAGUUUCUACUAUAAGAUUUCAUCCAGCAAAGAAUAUCUAUAUAGAUUGCCUAGCAACAACCAAUUUACUGAUGGUGAAAUCACAGAACAAAAAAAAUCUAAAAAAGAAAUGGACUAA